UCGGUCUAGAUAUACUAUGUCUAUGAUUCCGAGCCCCUAUCGAACAAAUCUCUCACAGUUUCCUCCACUCCUUUUGCGCGUAAACAUUAUUCACCGGCAUGUUGCGUAUAUUGAAAAAAUGUCAACACUUGCGAUGUUUCUCGUCCGCAACUUUGCCAGCUCCGGAUGUAAGCCCGCCGAUUUUAUACACUGGUAUAUUUAUCAAUAAUGAAUGGCACAAAUCUAAAAAUGAAAAGACAUUUCCCACCAUCAAUCCUGCUACUGGCGAAGUAAUCGCCGAAGUACAAGAAGGCGAUAGCGCGGACAUUGAUUUUGCCGUACAAGCUGCUAAUAAGGCUUUUAAAAGGCAUUCACCAUGGAGAACUAUGGAUGCAUCUUAUAGAGGAGUUCUUUUAAACAAAUUAGCAGAUUUGAUAGAGCGUGAUCACAAAUAUCUUGCGUCUCUAGAAACUUUAGACAAUGGUAAACCUUAUUCAUCUGCUUAUCAUGUGGACGUUCCCUUUAGUGUCCAAGUGCUAAGAUAUUAUGCAGGAUGGGCCGACAAGAAUCAUGGAAAAGUUAUACCAGCUGAUGGAAAAGUCUUUGCAUAUACUAGACACGAGCCAGUAGGAGUAUGUGGUCAAAUUAUUCCAUGGAACUUUCCAAUGCUGAUGAUGGCUUGGAAACUAGGACCAGCUUUAGCUACAGGAAACGUUGUUAUUCUAAAACCUGCAGAACAAACUCCAUUAACAGCACUCUAUAUAGCACAAUUGUCCAAGGAAGCCGGAUUUCCUAAUGGAGUAAUCAAUGUUGUUCCCGGAUAUGGUAAAACCGGAGCUGCAUUAGUGGUUCACAAUAAAGUUGAUAAGAUCGCAUUUACGGGAUCUACAGAGGUCGGCAAGUUAAUAAAUCAAAAUGCUGCUAUAAACAAUUUAAAAAGAACUACAUUAGAAUUAGGCGGAAAAUCUCCUAAUAUCAUUCUUAAGGAUGUGGAUUUAAAUUAUGCAGUGGAAGGAGCACAUUUUGGAUUAUUCUUUAAUAUGGGUCAAUGUUGUUGCGCAGGAUCUAGAACUUUUGUUCAAGCAGACAUUUAUGACGAGUUCGUAGAAAAAAGCGCGCUUCGCGCUAAAUCUAGGACCGUGGGAGAUCCGUUUGAUUUGAAAAUAGAACAAGGUCCACAGAUUGAUGAGGAGCAAUUAAAUAAAAUUAUGGAUAUGAUAAAAUCUGGUAAAAAAGAAGGUGCUAGCUUAAUAACAGGUGGCGAACGCGUUGGCGAUAAAGGAUACUUUGUUGCCCCAACAGUGUUCGCAGAUGUUAAAGAUGAUAUGACUAUAGCUACAGAAGAAAUAUUUGGACCGGUUCAACAGAUCCUAAAAUUUGAUGACUUGGACGAAGUUAUUGAACGCGCUAAUAACACCGAUUAUGGAUUAGCUGCUGCAGUCUUCACGAAAGAUCUCGACAAAGCAAAUUAUAUAACGCAGGGACUUCGUGCUGGUACUGUAUGGGUCAACACAUAUAAUACUAUUAUUCCUCAAGUUCCGUUUGGUGGUUAUAAAAUGUCCGGACAUGGUAGGGAACUCGGAGAAUAUGGUCUUCAGGCAUACACAGAAGUGAAAAGUGUAAUUGUCCAACUAAAUGAGAAAAAUUCGUAAAAACUAUAUCAAUGUCUCUGCAUAAAAAUUUUUUACUUAAAAAAACAUUUUUUUACGUAAAUUCUAAAACUAUUAUAAAUUUAAACUAUUUGUAAUGCAUAGACUAUUAUAUUUUUACUACACAAAGGUGCUACAAAAGUCUAUAUAAUUCAAUUAUGAGAAUUACAAUUUAUACAAUUGAAUUAUAUUACUUGUACAAUAAUCCAAUAGUAAUUUAAACUAUAUUUAAAUUAAAAAUUUUAGUUACAUUUAAUAAAUCAAUUUAACUAAAUUUAAACUCUUGAUAAUGUAAUGGUCAGACAUAUGAAAAAAAAAUGUAUCGCACAAUAGACAUUUUUUAUCUUUGUAAAAAUAUAGCUGUUUUAUAAUG